GCGUCUCGCCGGAAAAAGAAACAGAAAAAAGGAAAGAGAAAGAAAAAAAUAGAAGCGUUAACGAAGCAGGUCUGUCAAAACAUAAACACUGCAGCACGACCACAAACGUGACCGUAAACUGCGGGUUUUAUUUUUUUGGAUGGCCAGUGAGGGAUCAGACGACACGUCUCACAAAUGCCCUGCGCUCGAGGUCGCGCUCGAGACUGAAGAGUAAAUCUGCGCAGAGAUUAACAAGUGCGGACACUUUGGGCCUGUAGCAGAGGGUCUCAGAGACAGUCAGAAUGAGUGAUACAGAAGGACAAUCAAGCAUCCCAAAUGACUGGCUCGCUUCUUUACCAGGUGCUGAUGAGACGGAGCCUGGAGAGGGAGAUGCAUCUGCAGCGAGGGACGCCCAGUCUGCUCCUGAGUCCGUCAAUUUAAGUUCGGCCCCCGAGGGAAGCGAGGGCGCUCAAGACCGGCCAAUGGCUGACUCCUCGCAGAAGCAGGGGCCGGGUGAAGAAGAGGACACGGACAGCAUGGAUGGCAGUGGACUGUACUCCCUCACAGAAGACGGAGAGCGAGAGAGUGAAGGAGGAGGGCAGACAGAGCGGGGGAAAGACGAAGGCAGAAGAUCUGCCAGGAAGAGGAACCGCCCCAGCGGGGGAGCCACGCGCCUCUCUUCUAGUUCAGAUGAUGACGAUGAAGAUGAAGAAGAGGACGAGGAGGACAACGUUGAAGAAGAUGAGGAAGCCAUGGAGGCUUGGCUGGGAUCUGACCUGCGUGACCUGACUCGCCCUUCCUGGUGUGCCGUCCCCUCGCUGCGUGCUCGAGAGAUCGGCCACAGCUCGCUGCAGUUUGUGAGGAAGGUGUGCGGCGCGCGGGGUCUGGUGCAGAGGCUGGAACUGCAGGGUCGUCUGGAGAGACACACGGGCUGCGUGAACACCCUCCACUUUAACCCUUCCGGCACUCGCCUGGCAUCCGGCAGUGACGAUCUCCGCGUGGUCAUCUGGGACUGGGCUCGCAAAAGGGCCGAGCUUGAGUUUGACAGCGGUCAUAAGAGCAACGUCUUUCAGGCAAAGUUUCUUCCACACAGCGGUGACUCCACGCUGGCCAUGUGUGCCAGAGACGGACAGAUCAGAGUGGCUGAGCUUUCUGCCACACAGUGCUGCAAGAACACCAAAAGAGUGGCUCAACACAAAGGUGCAGCCCAUAAGCUGGCGCUGGAGCCAGACUCCCCCUGCUCUUUUCUCUCCGCGGGCGAGGAUGCCGUGGUGUUCGGCAUUGACCUGCGUCUGGACAGACCUGCUAAUAAACUGGUGGUGGUGAAGGAGGGUGAGAAGAAGGUGGGGCUGUACACCAUUUACGUGAAUCCCGCUAACACGCAUCACUUCGCUGUGGGCGGCAGAGACCAGUAUGUCAGGAUCUACGACCAGAGAAAGAUCAAUGAAAGCGACAACAACGGAGUGCUGAAGAAAUUCUGUCCUUCCCACUUGGUGCCCAGCGAAUCCAAAACCAAUAUCACAUGUCUGGUGUACAGCCACGACGGCACAGAGCUGCUGGCAAGUUACAACGAUGAGGAUAUUUACCUGUUUGACUCCAGUCACAGCGAUGGGGCAGAUUUUCGCAGGAGAUACAAGGGUCACCGCAAUAACGCCACAGUGAAGGGAGUUAACUUCUACGGGCCCUGCAGUGAGUUUGUUGUCAGCGGCAGUGACUGUGGACACAUCUAUCUGUGGGACAAGAAUUCGGCGCGUGUGGUGCAGUUUAUGGAGGGAGACAGAGGAGGAGUGGUGAACUGUCUGGAGCCACACCCUCAUCUCCCGGGUUUGGCCACGAGCGGUCUGGAUCAUGAUGUGAAGCUGUGGGCCCCCACUGCUGAGAAUCCCACCACGCUGAAGGGACUUAAAGACGUGAUGAAGAAGAACAAGCGAGAGCGAGAUGAAGACAGUGUCCGUCAUGGCGACCAGUAUGACACACAGCUCCUCUGGUUCCUGAUGAGACACAUGAGAAACCGAAGACCUCAGCGAACCCGGCGAGGGGAAGGUGCAGAGGGUGACACGGACGAAUCUUGGAGCUCUCCAGAUUCCUCUGAUGAAGAAGACGGAGGGCCAGACCAUGUGCAGUGCAUGUCCUCCUGAGCACACACACACAAACACACACACGCUCUUUGCCAUAGAUUUAAGCACAUACAUACUAGUAACACACUGGUACACAAUAGACACUUGAAGGUCCAGCAGUAAACACACAUACACAGCUUUAUAACACACAGUGCAGGGAGCGGUAAACACCUGCUGUCCAAAUCUGGCUCCACACACACACAAAUGUCAUCGUCGUCAAGGGAAGAAAUAAUCUGGAGAUUCGUAUUUUUGAUAUGCGGUCACACACAAAUAACCACUGAUUUGAUGCGAACACAAACACGUUUCAUUCCCACUUUUAGCGAAAGAAAAUGGAUCCCGUAAGCAGCGCUUGGCUGCGGGCGCAGAUGAGGAACAAUGUUUUCCAUUAUUUAGCGGUUUUCUCUGCUCUAAUAGAAAGUGAGACGUGAAGAGGGUCUGUUCACGUCCGGUUGGAGUAUGAAUUACAGACUACCGAGCCGAUGAUGGGUGUUACUCGUUCUAAAAACCAGCACCAUCCUUUCCCGGGCUCAUGGAUUCCUCCAGCGAUCUGAUCUGCAUGAACAACAGUUUGGACUGCGAUUUCUCUUCGUUGCAUCGAUAGACUGUCGUCGGCCGUCUGGUCGCCCACUACUGUCUUGUCUUUGUUCUCUUCUCCUGUGUGUGUGCGUGCACGCGCCGAAGCCGGGCACAGCAAAUCUUCUCGAGGUCAAUCAUGCUCUUAGCUGUGACUGAAGCCAGAGCUCAGUUGCUCUCUCCCAUGAUGCCGAGUGCUCUUUAAUCAGGGAUCUGCUUUGAGUUUUCAGUGUGCGCUUAGGGGGCAUGCAGUACUUCAUGGAUUAAAUGCGUUUCUUUUGCUAAUUUUGUCCCCAAACUUGUUGUAUGGACUUCAAAUGGAAUACAAAGAUUUGACACCAGCUUUUUUGGGUUUGCACUUGGGUGGAGAGACUUGGAGAUGGAGUUCCUGAAGAAAUUUCAAAAGUCUCCAUGGACUGUCGCCGCCUUCUAAGCCCUGUCACUUAGAAAUUGAAAGGAAAGACUUUUGAUUAGUCGAAUCCACGUUUCUUCCGCUGUUUUUUGUUUGGAUAGACGUCCUCGAGAUCUUCUGACUAUCUGGUGAGGGUCAAGUAUAGCGGGAUGUUCGGGCAGAGGAAAGCUUAAGCGCCUGCAACCCAUUUUUCAUAAAAAUGGCGGCUGUUCUUGUCAGUAUUUCAGUUUGCAGUUGGUUAAGAUCAAACACGGAUGGGUCGAUGCGACUUGCACGUAGGAAGAAAAUGAUUCGAUUGAAAGAACGGGCGAAUGGCAGGGGUGGGGUUGCACUUGUACGGGUGUAAGAAGCUUAAAUUUCUUUGCCCCCUUCUUCUUUUGUGAGGGGAAUAAAGUCUCAGCUUUUCUCCUUUUGUAUGAGAAGAAUAACUUAUGACUAUAAUGUCUAUAUGUAUAUACAAACAUAUAGAGAUCUAUAUAUAUAGAUAUAUGAAUAUUAAUUAAAUACUUGUAAAAAUCAUCUUACUCUUUCAAAGGGUGUUUCAAUUCAAUUGGUUUUGAUGCAGAGGUUUAAAUUGUUUCAAACAAAUACUUUGUGAGUGGAAAACAUUGCACGUAUGUGCAUACAUAUGUAUACAGUAUAUGUAGAAUGCACCUAGGUGCAGUGUUUUCCUUUUUUUUCUCACAUUUUUUUCAGCCCUAAAGUCUUCUCAAACUUUUAUCCUGUCACAUGCAUUGGUUUCUUUAAGGAGUUUGACCUAUUAUUUAUCCCACCGCUGCCUAAUAUUGUUUCUCUCUGUUCAAUUGAAAAUGAUUUGUGCAGUAAAAAAUAUGUUCUGUGUUUCUGACCA